CUCAGUUAUUCCAACGGUAACAGGAAAUGUCCAAUGUAAUCACAUCAGAUAUGAGUCACAUUUUGCAUUGUGUUAGAGGCAGUCAGUAGAACUAAUCAGCGGGACAUGGACGCCGGUGGAGAAUGCAUGUCCAGCUGCCGCAGUUCCCGGACAGACGAGCGAGGUGGACGGUGCAGAACUGGACGUGUGCCCGGCCCUCCGAGAAUAUUGUAGCGUCAGACGUUGCCUGGCUACCGAGCACAACAACUGAUCAGUCACCCCCAACGUCCGGUCUGGUGAGCAGGACAAAGUCACGGACAGGCGUGGGUGUCCCCUGAGCAGAAGCAGUUUAUUUGUGUUGGGCUUCAGCGGUAUUUAUGACAUUAUGUCUCUGCGAAACUUUGGAACUGAAGGAAAGGAUGUUAAACCGAAGUUUAUGAGUCGUGCCAAACAUUGGACUGAAGAAAUAGAGAAUUUAUACAGGUUCCAACAAGCUGGAUACAGGGAUGAAAUAGAAUACAAGCAAAUAAAGAAAGUUGAUGGGGUGGAUCGCUGGCCAGAAACAGGAUAUGUGAAAAAACUCCAAAGACGUGACAACACUUUCUAUUACUACAGCAGGAAGAGGGAAUGUGAGGACAACGAUGUUCAGAAAGUCAAGGUUUAUGCCUAUUGA